UUACUGCUCUUUACUCAGCGGGCAGCAGCACUCUGUCCUCAUCACUCCUUGUCUUUAUAUCUCCUCGCUCGUUCUGCCAGCGUGCUGCUUUUGACACAAAGGGAAACGUUGGGGAAAUUCAUAUCGUCUCAGGCUGGAUUCUCUCGUUUACACCAAUGGAUGGAGUUUAUUCCCCAGCAAGCACAGUGACUUCUUAAAAACUUCCCACUCUGUGCUGGGUGCUCCUCCUGGAGUUUUCAGGGUGAUGGAGCAGCGCGGAGGUGCAGGCGGGGGAACGGAGAGCCCCAGCCUUCGGGACAGCACCAGCCCAGAGGAGAGAGGAGGGGAGAGCCCUGCCUCCAGUGGGCCCCCGCCGUGCAAGUUGAGCCUCCUGGAGGUCAACGGCAGCCCAGCAGCUCCGCGGACCAGACAGAACGGCACGCCGCUGAGGCGACUAGGAGGUCUGAUGAUCCCAGUCUACUGUGUGGUGGAGCACGCCGAUGUGGGCGUAGCUGGUGACUGUGAGGGGCACGGCGACCGUCACGCUGAGUUUGUGUUGGUUCAUAAGGAUGUCCUCUUCACGCAGCUGGUGGAGACGGCACUGGUCGCCCUGGGAUACUCGCACAGCGCAGCUGUACAGGCAAGUGGCAUCAUUAAAGUGGGCCGUUGGAAGCCGAUGCCCAUCCACUACCUAACAGACGCUCCAGAGGCAACCGUGGCUGACAUGCUGCUGGACGUUUACCACAUGGUUACACUGCGGAUCAUACUGCACAGCUUUGCCCGGCUGGAGGAGCUGCCGUCAGAGCAGUGGACCCACGCCACAGUGAGGAACGCCCUCCGAGAGCUGCUCAGAGAGACCAACCAGUGCGCGCUGGCCAAGGAGUGUCCUCUCUCCCAGAGCAUGAUCUCAGCGAUACUGAACAGUUCCUACUACAUAAACGUCUCCACCUCUAAAUGCCAGGAGUUUGGACGCUGGUACAAGAGGUACAAACGCAUCAAAGGUGAAUACAUUGAAAAGAUGUGGUCAGCACAGGACAAAUCGGAUAUUAAAGUGGAGAGGGAUCUGGACUUGAGCGUCCUCAGCCAGCGUCCCCCCUCUCACUUACCCUCCCCCACUCAUAUGGGCACCCUAGGCGGCCCUGGAGCUCUGUCCAUCAAGGGUGGCCUCGGGGACUCUCAGACCUCCACCCAGCCUCAAUGUCUGCCUCACCACGCCAGCCAGCACCACCCCGGUGCACCGCUGCGUCCCCAGGGCCCACCUCUCCUGGGCCACAGUGGGCUCCUGUCCCCUCAGCUCGUCCGUCAGCAGCUCGCCAUGGCCCACCUCAUCAACCAGCAGCUGGCCGUCAGCCGCCUGCUCGCGCACCAGCACCCGCAGGGAGUCAACCAGCAGUUUCUCCACCACCCGCCCAUCUCACGGACCUGCAAGGGCCCCGGGACCGCUACCGAGCACGGCCUCAACUGCUCAGGGGCCGAAGUCUCCUCCGCCAUUUACCAGCAAGUCAGGAACGAGCUGAAGAGGGCCAGCAUUUCUCAGGCGGUGUUCGCCCGUGUGGCUUUCAACCGCACCCAGGGGCUCCUGUCAGAGAUCCUUCGUAAGGAGGAAGAUCCUCGCUCGGCCUCCCAGUCGCUGCUGGUCAACCUGAAGGCCAUGCAGAACUUCCUCAACCUGCCGGAGGGCGAGCGAGACCGCAUCUACCAGGAGGAGAGAGAGAGGAGCACUAACUCCAACCACAACCUCUCCACCAACCACCUCUCCAGCAGCAACACGCACAGAACCCCACAGCAGACAAAGUGCAUCAUGCCUGCUGCUGAGCUGCCGUUGAAGUUGGACUCGCUGGUGAACAUCUCGUCAGGCAUCUAUGAUGAGAUCCAACAGGAGAUGAAGAGGGCGAAGGUCUCCCAGGCUCUGUUCGCCAAGGUGGCCGCCAAUAAAAGUCAGGGCUGGCUGUGUGAGCUGCUCAGGUGGAAAGAGAGCCCGAGCCCUGAGAACCGCACGCUGUGGGAGAACCUGUGCACCAUCCGGAGGUUCCUGGCGUUGGCGCCGGCCGAUAGAGAUCAAGUCUACGAAGAAGAGUCGAGGCAGCAGCACAGCGAGCGGCUCCACACCGUCCUGCACAUCCCAGACCAGCAGGCCCUCCACAGACAGCCUCUGACCACUCCUUCUCCGAUUCACGAAGACCCAAAGCCCAUCCCGUUGCUGGUCUUGCACGGCCCAGAGGAGCGUGGCGUGAGCCCCACCCCCGGAGGAGGCGGACCGAAGAAGGCCCGCUCGCGGACGCGGAUUUCCCUCGAGGCUCUUGGAAUCCUGCAGAGCUUCAUCGGCGACGUGGGGCUCUACCCGGACCAGGAGGCCAUCCACACCCUGGCAGCCCAGCUGGAUCUGCCCAAGCACACCAUCGUCAAGUUCUUCCAGAACCAGCGCUACAACGUCAAGCACCACAACCCGGUCAGAGAACCCGUCCCCGGGGAGGACGACCGGGAGAGCUCGAGUCCCAGCGAUGGGGGCGUCUGCGCGGGGGAGAGUCGAGGGGAGGAGGGCCUCUCUGUGUCCGAGGAGUCCAGCGAGGAUGGGAGCGGAUCAGCGGAGGUGUUCAGAACAAAGGGAGAAGAAAGAUAUGUGGAAAUGGAGAUGGAGAAGGAAGACGGGGAUGAUGGGAAAGCCUCGGGGCCAGCGACUUCCUCCCUGUCCCCCUACAGCAGCCUGGACAGCCCCCCCUCUGCAGAGCAGCAGAGAUAACAGCAGAGAAGCAAGAUCUGAGGAAAACCUUCGAUGAAAGCAAACUGUGAAGCCAACACACACACAGAUGACCUGUGAAGAAACACACACACGUUCCGCCCCUUCACCAGAGCUGAUGAUCAGAGCUCGUUAAUAUCUGAAGAACUGUGGACAAAUAUUUAAGUCAUGUUUGACUUAAAAAGGGAUUCAACGGUACUACCACUACGUUCAAAUACUUCCAGUAUUUUUGGUUUGAUGCUGCCCGUGAAGAAACAUUUCCUCCUACAUUUUCAGUGUUUUUUUUUUCUUCUUCUAAAGGGAUAGGAACGCAUUUUAAACAGCAUUAGAUCAACACUAUGCUGAAAAACAAGGGGUUCAAAGUGGCAUUCCACAAAACAAUUCUGAAACACCUCUGUAGGCUUUAGAGGCGACUGUAAAAUCUUCUUAAACUGCUCCUGCAGCACAAUCCACUUCUUUUACAGUUCUGUCAAAGUAUCUAUCACAAAGUACACCGCUUCAUUCACAAUCAUCAUCUAAGUGCAAUAGUGCAACAUGGAAGCCGUGUAUUUAGUAUCCAAGUAUUAUGACGAACGGACACAGAUGAUAUGCAUUGACCGAGGAGAAGUGGCUUUAGCUGCACGAGUGAUUGGAGAAGUUUGGGGGUCUUCAGCCACCUUUUUAAGCUAACGUUGUUUAUUAUAUUUGGGGCUGAAGUGUUUGACACUCAAAAGUUUGGCUCUUAAGGUGGGGCGAGGGAGGUUUCACUGUAGGCGUUAAGCUGGCAGUAAAGUCCAAAUGUAAUUUGAAUUUGAAAAAAAAGAUACAUUAGUGAGGAGAAAUACUGCAAGGGAAGUGUUUGGCUUCUUUUUGUUGUGCUUUACGUAGGUAGAAAGUAAACUUUAAAGAACUACUGUGACUCUCCAUGGAUGCCAAAUUGCUCACAUGUAACACGCCAAAUGCGUGAUUUGGAGUUUACUGCCAACCUUCCAAACUCACCACACUUAAGCUUUUGAGUAAAAUCCUCCAAAACCUCAGUUAUUUUUCUGGUUAAGAUAUUAGAAAGAAAUAAAAGUCGAUGAAUCAAUUAAAAUAAUUUUGAGAAGCUGCAGUCAGAGCAGAGGUGGGAACGCUUGGCUCUUGUUGUUGGUGUUCGAUGCAUUCACAUUGGGACCAAGAAUAAACUGUACUGACAUUGGUCAGUAUACCUCAUGAGACAAGCAUUCGCAGGGCAAUAACAUGAGCACCUCCACCCAAACUGAAGCCCACUUUACAUUAUCUUUUUUUAAAUGUAUAAUUAUGCUUUAGGAGGUCCCUUCAUUAACGGAGCUCUAUGUGAACCUCUAAAUCAGUUCCACACUACCCUCCCACUGAUAUUUAUUACUAACUUUAUAUUGACUAAAAUCUGAGUAUUGUAAUUAUUUUCUAUUAUUUUCUUUGAUAGGACUACAAAUGUCUUUUGUAAAUGUGUCUAAAAAGAGCAAAAUCUGAAAAGGUAUGAACUCAGUGUUACACAGUUUAAAAGAAUGAUUCUGUAUUUACAGUUUGACUGGAAGAGAACAUGUGUGAGUACAUUAUGAUGUAAAUGUUGACAAUCCACCUGCGAAACUGAAUCUGUCAUCAUAUGUGGGAGGCAACCACUGUCACUGCCACUGUUUUGUGUAAUUUGUGCCACAAAGGAACAGGGUAUAAAUGCACAUUAUUAGUAUUUCAGUUUGACAAUCAUGUCUGUCCUGGAAGCACACAAGGUUUCUGAUUUGUUCCACUUUGAUGUUUUGUCAUUGCUCUUUGAUUCUGUUGUGGGCAGGACAUGAAAAUCUGAUAAAAAAUCUUUUCCAAAGUA